CGGCCUCGGCAGCGCGAGCGGGGCGCCGGACUGGGCGGCCCAAGGGGUGCAGGGAAAGGAGGCCGCCGGGCGCCUGCUCGGGCGGGUAGAGGAGCGGAGGCCACGGGUGAGCAGGAUGGGAGCGAGACCCCGCUGACGCCGGCUGGGGCCACUGGCUGGGAGCGACAUGUGUCUGCGCAUCGGUGGCCUGAGUGUGGGUGAGUUCCGGAAGGUGCUGAUGAAGACAGGCCUGGUGCUGGUCGUACUGGGUCAUGUGAGCUUCAUCGCAGCCGCUGUGCUCCAUGGCACCAUGCUGCGCUUCGUGGCUGCCGCCAGUGACGCCGUGGUUCUACAGUACUGCGUGGUGGACAUCCUCUCUGUCACCUCUGCCAUCCUGGUCAUCAUCGCCGGGAUCACAGCUGUCGUCCUGUCCCGCUACCUCCCCAGCACCCCCUUGCGCUGGGCUGUGUUUAGCUUGAAUGUGGCCUGUGCUGUCCUUUCUCUGACCUGCGCCCUUGGGCUCCUGGCCUCCAUCGCCGUGACUUUUGCCACCCAGGGCCGGGCGCUACUGGCAGCCUGUACUUUUGAGAGCCCUGAACUCCCAACGCUGGCACCUGACUGUCCUUUUGACCCUACUCGAAUUUACAGUUCUAGCCUGUGCCUCUGGGCCAUUUCUCUCAUGCUCUGUGUGGCGGAGAGCGUGUCUGCCCUGCGCUGUGCCCAGCUUGUGCAUCGACUGCUGGAACUGAGACCUUGGUGGGGGAAAAGCUGCCACCACACGAUGCAAACGAGCCCAGAGCCCCUGGAUGGCCAUGACCUACUGAGCUGCGCUAGCUCUGUGCAGCUGACCAUCUGACACCUCAAUGGGGCCAUGACUACUGAGGCACGUGACCAAGUCUGGACAUAUGACCAAGCCUGCACUGACCAGUGCCCAGGAAGCCAUGGAAGAAGCCUAGAUGAAUCCAGGAUUCCCAGAGCAGGCCCAAGAGGGCUCAAUGGACCCCUGGGGACCUGGAAGAGGGCUUUGAAUGCCCUCCCUGGCCACCCGGCACUCUGCACUGAAACAAGACUUUAUUUGGAAGUUAUUAAAAAGAACAGAGAUGCUCCA